GUGAUUUCCUUUUAUCCAAAAGAUGCAGUCAUCUCGAAAAGGCAAUGGCUUUCUUCACUUGGUUCUCUCGUGCCCGAUCGUCUUGUAAACCCAUCAAAUUCUUUCAAAACUCCUUCGUUCAGUCCAAUCACACUGCUCGAUCUCAAUUUCAAUCUCAAUCACGCAUUCUAGAGAACACCAUCAUAGUCAACUCGAACAACAGCAACAAACAAUCAUGGAGGACUUCUUUGCUUCCGAUUGUUUUCGCCGUCUCCGGCGGCUCACUUGCACUCCAGUUACAGAAAAACCCAUCACUAUGCGAUUCCCCUAAUCUCCAGGAAAGAAGUGGGCGUAUUGGGGGAAAAGAUAGCACGGAGCGUGUUGUGAAGGGUUCGUAUAAGCCAGUCCCACCCGAGCUCAUCACUGAACUCAAGGCCAUAUGUCAAGAUAACAUCACAUUUGAUUAUGACGAAAGAUAUUUCCAUGGGAAACCACAAUACAGCUUUCACAAGGCAGUCAAUAUCCCGGAUGUUGUUGUGUUUCCAAGGUCUGAAGAUGAAGUGUCUAAGAUUGUCCGAUCUUGUAACAAACACAAGGUCCCUAUUGUACCUUAUGGUGGAGCUACAUCAAUCGAGGGUCACACUUUAUCUCCUAAUGGAGGCGUCUGCAUUGACAUGACCUUAAUGAAAAAUGUUAAAGCAUUACAUGUUGAAGACAUGGAUGUUGUUGUUGAACCCGGGAUUGGAUGGAUGGAGCUUAAUGAAUAUUUAGCACCUUAUGGUCUAUUCUUCCCCCUCGACCCUGGACCUGGAGCAACCAUUGGAGGGAUGUGUGGGACACGUUGUUCUGGUUCUUUAGCUGUUAGAUAUGGAACCAUGCGUGACAAUGUCAUCAAUCUCAAGGCUGUUUUAGCUGAUGGAGAAGUUGUUAAAACAGCAUCUCGUGCUCGAAAAAGUGCUGCUGGAUAUGAUCUUACACGGCUGAUGAUUGGAAGUGAAGGCACUUUGGGUGUGAUAACAGAAGUUACACUGCGUCUACAAAAAAUUCCAGAACAUUCAAUUGUGGCAAUGUGUAAUUUUCCUACAGUCAAAGAUGCAGCUGAUGUGGCAAUAGCAGCUAUGUUAUCUGGCAUACAAGUGUCAAGGGUGGAGCUGUUAGAUGAGGUUCAAGUGAAGGCUGUUAAUCUUGCUAAUGGAAAAGACUUGCCUGAAUUUCCAACUUUGAUGUUUGAAUUUAUCGGCACAGAGGCAUAUACACGUGAACAGACACUUAUAGUUCAAAAGAUUGUAUCUGAGCAUCGUGGGUCCGACUUUGUUUUUGCAGAAGACCCAGAAGCUAAAAAGGAACUUUGGAAGAUAAGGAAAGAAGCUCUGUAUGCCUGCUUUGCAAUGGCACCUGGUUUUGAAGCAAUGACAACAGAUGUAUGUGUUCCCUUGUCACAUCUUGCUGAAAUAAUUUCUAAAUCUAAAGAAGUUCUAGAUGCUUCAUCGCUGCUGUGCACAGUGAUUGCUCAUGCUGGAGAUGGUAACUUUCACACGGUGAUUUUAUUUGAUCCAGCAGAUGAUGAACAACGUAAGGAGGCUGAAAGAUUGAAUAAUUUUAUGGUUCAUGCUGCUUUAUCAAUGGAAGGUACAUGUACUGGAGAACAUGGCGUGGGUACUGGAAAAAUGAAGUAUCUUGAGAAAGAACUUGGAACAGAGAAUUUGAGGACGAUGAAAAAGAUAAAGGCUGCUUUGGAUCCUAAUGGCAUUAUGAAUCCAGGAAAGCUAAUUCCACCUCAUAUUUGCUUGUGAUAUGGACCCUUGUUUAUAGGUUAUUACAAGUAUUAUACUUUACAACAAAUGACAUGUAAUUUGUAACAAAGAAAACUCAAUUGGCCCUGGGGGUGUGUACUUUAUGAUCAGACACCACUUUUUUGUGUAGAGAUUAGAACAAUAAUAUUAAAAAUAAGAGAAAAACACAAAUUUAGCAUAAUCCUUUAAUCUUAUUCCAAGAAAUAACCAAAACAUUAAGAAAUGACUCAUAUC